AUGAAGAACUUAAAUGAAAUAUUAUUAGAUUAAGGGGAAAAAUAAUAAAACUAUAUUACAUAAUAUUGUGUACCAAUAAGAAUUCUAGGGGUUGGGUCAUUCUCUACAGUGAUUGAAGCUUAGAAUUAGUUAUCAAAUAAAUCAGUAGCAAUAAAAAUAAUUGACAAAAAGCAUUUUGAUUCUUAAUAAUUAGAAGUAUUGAGAAAAUAAGCUCAAAUACUUAAUCAAUUAACUCAUGAGAAUAUUGUUCGUGUUACUUUUGUAUUAUUGAACACUUAUAAUAAUAGAAUAAAGAAACAAAGAAUAAACUAUAUAUAAUGAUGGAUAUAAUAAACGGAGUUACAUUAGAAUAAUAUUAGAAAAAGAAAUUGGAUAAUUAAACAGUACUUUGUGUAACCAAAUAAAUACUUGAAGCAAUCAAAUAUUUGCAUUCUAAAGAAAUUAUUCAUAAAGAAAUAAAACCUAGUAAAAAUAAUUUUGAAAUAGAAAAUAUAAUGAUUGAUCCCUAGAGUUUACAUGUAACAUUAAUAGCUUUUGGAUUAUCAGCAUAAUUGGGCUAUAUGAAUGGUUCAGGAAUUAUAAGUAAUAGUUGUGAAACCUUUUUAUAUAUUGCACCUGAAUAAAUCUAGAAUAAAAAAUACAAUAGAGUAAUUUUAUAUUCCUAUGAAUAUAGAGUGUAGAUAUCUGGGCAAUAGGUAUGGUUGUGUUUAAUUUAUUCAAUUAAGGGAGGAAUCCAUUUUUUUAAUAGAUAGAUGAUAAAUAGAUUUAUUUUGAAAAAAUUAGUUUGAUGAAAUGCAAUUAAGUUUCUAAAAUUAAUGAACAGGCAAUGAAUUUCCUUCAUAAAACUAUUGCUUAUCAUCCAGAAGAUCGAUUAAAUAUCAAUUAAUGUUUAGAACAUCCAUGGAUUAAUGGUAAAAAUGAUAAAACAUGCACUAUUAAAAUUAUUUUAAAGGCUCAUAAAAUAUACUAAAAAAUUAAACAUUUGAUUCAACUUUUCCUAUUUCUUUAAUAUAUUAAAAAGGAAAGUAGACAUAUAAGUCCUCCAAUCCGAAACUCGACUAAAUAACCAAUAACACCUAUUGAUAAAAUGAAAUUAACAUUAUGUAUAAGACCUAAACUCAAUAGUAAGAAUACUUCUAAUUCUGGAGAAAAAGCUAAUUAAUUUAAUGUUGAAUCUUAAUCAGUUGGUUCUAAUAAAGCUAUUAAAUGGACUGAUAAUAUUAUUCUUAAAUCAAAAAAAGAGAGAAAAUCAUGUGAUUAACUUAAGAAAAUAUUUUAAGUGUCUAGAAUAGAAUAACAUUUCUUAUUGCCCAAAUUACAUAAGUCUUUAGAUCGUUAUGUAAAGUAAUAUCAAAUAAGCGAAACAGAAUGUGAUAAUUAGACAAUAUAUUAGUAAUAUGUUCAAAACACAUUAUUGUAAAUGAAAAAAGGUGAAUAAAAUAAGAAGAUAGUGCAGGAAGUAUCAAUACUUCUUUAUUGAAUAGGAUUAGAAUUCAAAUAAAAUUUAAAGAACAUAAAUUCAGAUUACUUAGGGAGAAUAGAGGAAUCAAAGAAUCAAAUCAUCAAAGCCUCCACUCUAAAGAAAAAACAAUUUUUAGUGA